CCAGCUGCAGAACUUCCUGAAGAGAGAGAGAGGGGAGAGGGAGAGAGAACUAACAGGAUUAUUUAUAUUUAAAAAAAAGAAGAAGAGAAAAGGGAGGGGUGGGGGAAAGUGAGGAAAAGAAGGUUUCGCAGCUAGGAUCUGUGAGCCGGCCCUGAGUUCAACCUCUCCCACCAUGACCAGUGCAAUCCUGAGGAGAAAUUCCAGUAAACAGGGCUUAGAAAACCUCUUAAGGAUGACGACACAGUGGAGUGUGGAGGAUGAGGAGGAAGCAGCAAGGGAGCGACGCCGAAGGGAACGGGAAAAACAGCUCCGGUCCCAGGCAGAGGAGACCUUGAACAACACCAGCUCUUGCUCAGAGAAUGAAGUGCCCUCACAAGAAAACCAGUGUGAUUUUAAGCCCUCUGGGACUUCAGAGCUGGAAGAGGAUGAGGGAUUCAGUGACUGGUCACAGAAACUUGAGCAGCGCAAACAGAGGUCCCCAAGGCAGUCCUAUGAGGAAGAGGACAGUGGGCUGAGGGAAGCUGAGGUCAAGAUGGAGCAGGUCCAGCUGGAUCAGGAGAGCCCAGAAGAGGUCAACCAGGAGGAGAAUGAGGAGCUGAGGCAGAAGCAGCUGGAGACAGAGGAGUACGGGCAGCUGUGUGAGGAAGAGCAUGGCCAAGAGCAGCAGCAGCAGCAGGAGGAGGAGAAAGAGGAGGAGCAGCUGCAGGAGGAUAAGAAGAGGAGGAGAAAUGAAGAGGAAGAUACUCCAGAAAAACGUCCAAAAGCCCCAAGCCCCUGCAGUUUUGAAGAGGACGAAGAAUGUUCUGGUCAAUCUCCACCAAGUUCCACAAAGAUCACAGACCGCACAGAAUCCCUGAACCGCUCCAUACAGAAAAGCAACAGCAUAAAGAAGACUCAGCCACCCCUUCCUGUUUCAAAGAUUGAUGACAGAUUGGAGCAGUACACUCAUGCCAUUGAGACAUCUGCUAAGGCUCAGAAACCUGUCCGACAACCCUCCGUUGACCUUCCUGCUGGUAUGGUUGUUGCCAGCACGAAAAGCCUUUGGGAGACUGGAGAGGUUGCAGCUCAAGCUUCUCCUAAGACACCAGCCUGUAAGGACAUUGUGGCUGGAGACAUCGUGAGUAAACGAAGCCUUUGGGAACAGAAAGGUGGGCCAAAGCUCGAAGGCAAUGCCAAGAGCACUCCUGGCAAGAAGUACAAAUUCAUAUCAACUGGACAUGGCCAGUACAAGAAGGUGUUGAUAGAUGAUGCAACAGAACAAUAGUAUGUCCAGAGUACUAAUUAACCAGCUGAGCUUGGUACUAGUUCGAUGCAACCCUCUGCUGAUGUAUCUUCUGCUACGAGGGAGAUAACCUAAGGAUGUUUUUCUCCUGCUCCUCCUCCUCCUCCUUCCAGGCAGGUGACUUCAGGCUGUUUUGGAGCAGACAGUCUCCUCCUGGGUGGGAGUGUUGCCCCAAGAUGCUUUUAGUUGGAUGAAAGGAAUAAGAUCAGCUGGCAAAAUUGAUCCAUGUUUUAAAUUUUCUAUAUGGUUCUCUUUGGCUGUUUUGUACUUGGCUCCUCUGGGCCCUUCUGUUUCCAUGCUGGGGACUGGAGACUUCCUUUGGCAUCCUUUAAUCUUUUGAAUGUAUGAAGAGAACGCUCUACUAAUUGGCCAAACCUAGUUGGGGGUGUCCUGGUAACCACGAAGAAAGCUGAGUUAUUCAAGCCAUUUAGGUUGGGGAGGAAGGAAGCUAAACAAAAAUUAAUGCUUGAAGAGCAGUGGCAUACUGGAAUCUAGAGAUGCUUUUCACCCAUCAGACCCCUACUGCUGUGUAGCCCCAGCGGUUUUGGAAAUGCUGACCUAUGUCAAGGGUAUCCUAGAACCAUCUGUCAUCUUCAGGCUAAGGGAACCUAACCCCUGUUGUUUUUGCCAUACCUAUACCUGGGCCACUUCUGCUUUUAAAGUUUAGUAAGUUGCAGAAGGAAUCCUUGCCCUUCUCCUUUCCAUGGAGGACAAGGCUAAAUUAGUCUAGUCCAGUCCAGGUUUUCUUAGUUUCCAGAUGCAGACCAUCCUUUCACCAACCAGUUGCAGGUACAAAACUUUCUGGACUCUGUCCAUGUGAACAGUGGCCACUCAGAGCUGUAGUUUAAUUUUUUUUUAUGAAGUAUUUCUUGGUUUUUGGUCCCUACUGAUGAGUUGAAGUUUCCUUUUCCAAUUAGCUUAUGCUUGAUGGAGCUUUUUUUCAGUUUAAUUUAAUGCUCCAGAGGAGCUGUCAAAAGUCCCUAUGGAACUUCAAAUCCAGGUGUACUAACAAGUCUUAUUCUAUGUUUGUUUGUGGGCUGAGGUGAUAUGUGCAUCUGGGAAACCCUCAACUCUUCUAAUUCUCUUUUGUUUGAUCCUUGAAGGUGUCUAGAUAAAAGGUUGUUCUGGUGACUUUUUGUGGGGAGGUGGGAGCUUUCUAUAUGUACUGGAGAGACCUCUGGAGGACUAAAACUCAAAUAUUUGAGAGAGUCACCAGGAUUUGGCUUGCUCCCAGUCCUUGCAAAUUUAACUUGCAUUUUGCAAACCCCUUCAUGUCUUCUACUACACAGUAUUAGCACAUCCUCAGUUCUCCUGUUAACAUUCUUCCCCCAUGCAAAGGGCUGGCCACCAACAUACACUUGCAACUGGCUUUUGUUCUCCUUAGAAGGGGCUCUCUGUCCCAGGGGCCUGCUUCUCUCUUCAUUUUUUUCCCUUCCUCCCUCAGUUUGCUUUCUGCUUUAAUUUACUGCGUGUCUGGAUUUAUUAUUAUUUUUUUUGUAAGCAAUUAAUAAAACUUCUUAAGAAGAUAUUGUAACA